UCCUGCAAAUCCUUAAAUAAAAAGGCAAUUUAUGAGUUUUUGGAACAAUUAUUUUCCCAGUGCUUGCAAAAAGGUGUCCAAUUCACCCGAAAUCCAGUUACCCUUUUGAACACUCAAUCUCGAAGAACAAAAUUUUCUCACUAUCUUUCCUUGUAUCUCACUCAGUUUUCUCUAAUAGCCCUUUUAAGGGAUUUGUCAACAUCUUUCCAAAAGAAUUCUGAAGAAUCAAAACCAUUGCUUUUUAUGAUUUCACCUUUUCCACUCCACAACUUGAUCAGGAUUUUGAUUCCUUUCCGAAUUUCUUCACUUUUCUCCAAGAAAGCAUCUUUGUCGUCGUUGUUGUUACUAUUAAUCUUGUUCCUAGCUUCGUCCUUUGCUUCCACUUCUUCACGAUUCACCUCCAGAAGGUCAAAUCUUUGUGAGAAAAGCCGGAGACCCGAAUCUCGAAUUCCCUCAAACAGCACCAUGAGAAUCCACCCGUUGCCGAAGACGAGGAACAUCACCAUCCAAUAUGAGAUGAACCCGAGAACCUUAAGGUCCCAAGCUGAGUCCCUGUUGAACGGUGGUGGGUCUAACAAGAAGCUCCGUAGGCUGCCCCACAUCUUCAGCCGCGUCCUCGAGCUGCCUUUCAGGUCCGAUGCCGAUGUGGCUGUGGAGGAGAGCCCCGAUUGCUAUAAGUUCGUUGCCGAGACCGACGGGAGGAUCGGAGAAGUCGUCAGGGCUCAUACAGUGGAAAUCCAUCCUGGGGUCACUAAGAUUGUGAUAAGGUCCAAUAGCUUGAUGGAUUUCGGUUUGCUGGAUGAUUUGGAGCUCGACGUGUGGCGGUUCAGGUUGCCGGAGACGACGCGGCCUGAGCUGGCCAGUGCGGUUUACGAGGACGGCGAGCUGAUUGUGACGGUGCCGAAAGGAGGGGAAGUGGAGAAUUUGGAGGAAGAUGGUGGCGGAGGUGAAGGAAAUGGGGAGUUUAGAGGAGGCAUUGGAAAUGAUAAUAGCAAUAAUAAUAGGCUUGUUCUUGUACAGUGAGUAAUAACAAUGGCAUCAUUUGCUCUGUUUUCUUUUUCUUUCUUCUUCAAUUGCGUGUUGUUUUCAUUUUAGUUUUUGAAGGUCAUGGUGGAGCUUAGUCCCUUUUUUUGUAUGGUUACCUUUUAUUAUUACUUAAUCAAAUCAAGAAUUGUUCU